CAGAACAAAUUUCAUAUUCUCCUAAUUCUUCUCUAAUCGGCAAUUACAAACCCUCUCGUUCCCACUUCACAGACCAAAUUUCCCAUUCUCCUAAAUUCUUCUCUAAUCGGAAAUUACAAGUUGUCAAUCAACAAUGGCUGCUUCUCGGGUACUCAGUUGUUGAGUGUUGUCCGCCGGCCAUCACCGCCACCCCCAUUGGCUUCAUACACAUCCCCUAAUCGAUGAUUGAGGUUUGGUCUAACGUCUUCUGAAUAUUGUAGUUUAUCAUUGGUCUAUGGAACCACAAGGUGUGCAAGGUGAUAGUGAGGGUUGUAUGCCAUCUCCAACAUCAUCAAUUACAUGUUCCAGAAAACGAAAGGAGCCUGCUAACAAAAGUCGUUUGUGGCCAUUUUUCACAAGGUAUGUGAUUGAAGGUUCAGAUGUAAUAGAUCCAACUUGGUGCAAAUGUAACACUUGUGAUGAAAGAGUAUUGUGUGAUCAACAAAAGAACGGGACUAGCUCAAUGUGGGCACAUACUCAGAAAUGUACUAAACACCCAUUGCAUGUAAACAUUGAUCCCACACAAUCUAAGUUGUGCAAAGAUAAUAUCAGUAGAGCAACGGGAUACCACAAAUACAAUAAGAAGAGGUGUGAUGAGAGGUGUAUUGAUAUGAUUAUCAUAGAUGAACUUCCAUUCAGGUGUGUGGAGAAGGUUGGAUUUAAAGCAUUAUGCAAAGAGUUGGAACCUAAUUGGACUCCACCAGACAGGAAACAAGUUGCUAAGGGUGUGUUGGAUAAGUACAAUUUGGAGAAGAAGCUUUUGUUAAGUGAACUAAAGGCAAGUGGUACGCGAGUUUCUAUCACUACCGACACUUGGACAUCUAUACAAAAUAUUAACUACAUGGUUUUAACUGCUCAUGUUUUGGACACUGACUGGAAGCUGCACAAAAGGAUAAUUAAUUUUUGUAAUAUUACUAGUCAUAAAAGUGAUGAUAUUGGGAGGGCAAUAGAGAAAUGUUUGAGGCAGUGGGAGAUUACCAAAGUGUUUACGAUAACAGUAGAUAAUGCAAGUGUUAAUGAUGUGGUUGUGGCGUACAUGAAAAGAAGACUUACCGGUUACAAGACACUAAUGUUUGAUGGGGACUUUUUGCAUUUAAGAUAUGCAUGCCACAUCAUUAACUUGAUAGUGAAGGAUGGUUUGAAGUAGUUAGAAGGUGGGUUUGCAUCAAUAUGGAACUGUGUGAAGUAUGUUAGGAGUUCAUCACAAAGACUGGACAAUUUUAGGGAGUUUGCUAUUUGGAACAAGGCAAGGCAAAUGCUAAUGUUCCAUUAGAUGUUGUCACUAGAUGGAAUAGCACAUAUCUUAUGCUUGAAGCUGCACUUAAAUAUGAGGCUACUUUUAAAAGAAUGGUUGAUGAGAAUUGCGCAUUCAAGAGUUAUUUUCAAGAAAAAGACAAAGCUGGGAAGGUAAGGGUUGGACUCCCAUCUGAUGAUGAUUGGAGGAAUGCAGAAGCCUUUUGUGUGUUUCUAAAGAAGUUCUAUGAAGCUACUUUGAGACUUAGUGCAUGGAAAUCAGUCACUUCUAAUAUAUUGUUUGUGGAAAUGAUUACUUUGCAGAUCGACAUCGAUAAGGCAAUGCUUUCAGAAGAUCCUGUUACGAAGAGGGUUGCAACUUCUAUGAAAUCAAAGUUUAACAAGUAUUGGGGAAGUUUUGAGUCAAUUAAUAAGAUUGUCAUGAUUGCUAAUGUUCUUGAUCCGAGAUACAAGUUGCAAUGCGCAAAAAUAGCUUUGAAGAAGGUUAAGGCAAGUCAUCUAUUAAUUGAGUCGAUAGAAGGGGACUAAAAGAGAAUAUUGAUGAAGAUGUAUGAUCAAUAUAAGGAGGUUGAGAGUAGGGGGCAUGAACACCAUUAUCACUUUGUUGUUGAAGAUUUAGGAGUAGAUGAUGAUGAACUAGAUGGACUUGAUGAAAUCAGCAAGGAGAUAGCAAAAGAAAGGAUGUCACAGCAAUCACAAUGCAUAAUGAAUAAGGUUGACCAAUACUUAUAUGAUAGGUAUAUCAACAUUCUUGCUAAGAAUUUUGAAAUUCAGAAGUGGUGGAAAGGUAAUGAGUCAACAUAUCCAAUUCUAUCAAAGUUAGCUAAAGAUAUCUUCGAUGUACCUUCCUCAACAGUAUCUUCAGAGAAUGCAUUUAGUUUAGGUUCACGGGUGGUGGAUCCAUUCAGAUCUUCAUUGACACCAAAAACAGUUGAAGCCCUUGUUUGUACAUCUGAUUGGUUACGCGCCUCUCCUGUUAACUUCAGCUUAUACGAAGAUCCAAAUGAGGAUGCCUUGAAGAUUUACUAUGAAUUAGAAGAACUUGAGAAAGAUAAUGUUUACAAUCAAGGGGGUGAGGCAGCUGGGAACGCUACAAGCUAGUAUAUAACAACACGAAUGGCUGAAUGCAGUUGCUUUAUUUUGUAGAUAUUGUGUAUAAAGUAUAAACAAUAACAAAUCCCAUGGCAGUUUUUUGCUUAUUUUGUUUCUGAGUUUGGAAAACUUUAUAGCCAUUGGGUAGUUAUUAUAAUGUAAAGCCUUAUAUAUCUUAUCAAGUCUAAAACUCAUC